UUGGAUCCAGCAAAAGAGUUUCCUACUCUCACAUUGUUUCUCGUAGUGGUCGCAAGAACUUUGUUUCCCGGUAGUGCGUAUUUGUAUGGAUUUGGUUAUGAUGUUUCACAGGAUGACUACUUAGUUGUUGUAGCUUCUCAGGAUAAGAAUGGCCAAGAGCACUUUGAUUGCUUGUCUUUGAGAACCAAUUCAUGGACUAAUCUUGAUUUUGCACUCUCCAAACCCUUGGGUAGGAGGAACUGGCAAUCUCGUGGGUUCUUCUUGAAUGGCGCUAUUCAUUGGUCAUCCUGCACUCGUAGAGGUAGAGAUUAUAGUAUUCUUAUAUUUGAUUUGAAGGAAAGAAGUUUCUCAACCAUAUCUAUGCCUGAACAAGUGAUGGGUUAUCUCAAUACCAUUUUUCUCGCCGUACUAGGAGGGUGCCUGGCCUUGUAUUCUUAUGAAUUAAGUAUAAUUACCAUAUGGAUGAUGAAAGAAUAUAAAGUGCAUUCAUCUUGGAUUUUCUAUCAGAUUUUUAGUGGACUGUCUCGGCCUCUAUGCUUAUCCAAUGGUAGUGACAUUGUUAUACUACAGUAUUCUCCGGUAUCUAACUUAUGGUUUGCCAAAUAUGAUGUCAGACGAGAACUCCAAUUCCAACGUCUUGAGUAUCGUCAUCCGGAACAAUUUGUAGGUCGUUCUAGUCGGUACAUUGUAUACACAGAGAGUCUCGUGCCAGUCCCUAGUGAGAUUAAGGAUAAGAAGAAGAAAAUGGCCAUCAGAAUCACAAGAUCGAUGUCAAACAAGAAAAGAGAACGACUCAACAGAGACACUUAAUUAUGUUGUAAAUAAAGUGUUGGCAAGUUCAGCUGGAAGAAGCUUCUAGAGAACUUUGUUUAAUUUUGCUUUUGCAUUAAAGUAUGAUUUCCCUUCCAACUAUGAAUGUGAAAAAUUGGAACAUUUGAAAGUGCAGAUAGAGUUUCCUCUAA